GAGGCCUUGUGUCUCCUCGGUCUCGAAGUCCGUGUCCAAAAUCCAUGGCGGUUGCACAUGUAAUAAUGUAAACGCCAAUCUCGCUCUCUACACAUGCUCUCUCUCCAAAUCCAAUCUCACCAGAUUCCUCUCACUUCUCUCAAUCUCCGGUCUAGUCUCUACUAGUCUCAGUCCACGGACCGAGAAAAUCCAGCCGGAGAAGAAAGAGGAUCUUCUUCGUCGUCGCCAACUGAAACUUCCUGUAUCUCCGCCGAUCCGAAAUGAAGGCUUCUUCCGCCGCCGCCGCCGUCGCCAAGGCCACGCUCAAUCCGCUCAGUGUCGCCUACGAGAACAAGAGGGAUGCUUAUGGAUUUGCUGUGAGGCCUCAGCAUGUUCAACGGUACCGAGAAUAUGCCAAUAUCUACAAGGAAGAAGAGGAAGAAAGAUCAGACAGGUGGACCUCUUUUCUGCAACGGCAAGCAGAGUCUGCAAAAUUGCCGGUAAAUGGAUUACCUAACGGGGAAGAUAACAAGGCUGAAACCUCAGAGCAAGAACUAGAUUCCAGUUUAGAGAAGGGUGUUGAUGGUGAUGUUUUAAGUGAACACAAGCAGGGUUCCAAUUCUCCAAUAAAAAAUGAUAGCGAAAUGGAGGAACUGGCAGCUAAGGAGAUAAAAGCUCAUGGGAUUCAAAUAUGGAAUGAAAUUAGAUCAUCCCUUCACGAAAUAGAAGAAAUGAUGAGUAUUCGUGUAAAGAAGAAGAGCAAUGUAUCAAAGACAGAGCAGGACACGAGAAAUGGAAAGCCGGUGCAUCCUAUUGAAGAGUUUAGAUCCCCAAAAGGAGCAUCUGAGGAGGACUCUGAGGAUGAGUUCUACGAUGUCGAGAGGUCAGAUCCAACUCAAGACGGCCCUUCAAGUGACAGUAAUGCCUCUGCAACAGGUGCUGCUUCUGACGUAGUCCCUUCAGAAUCUUUAUUUCCUUGGAAACAAGAGUUGGAGGUUCUUGUUCGUGGGGGAGUACCAAUGGCUCUGCGAGGAGAGCUUUGGCAAGCAUUUGUGGGUGUGAAGGUGCGUCGUGUUGAUAAUUAUUACCAGGAUCUGCUAGCUUCUGAAACUAAAGCUGGCAGUGAUGUGGAACUACAUAGCUUGAACUCAGAGAUAAAUAGCAAGCUGUCAACAGCUGAUUCUGCAUAUGUACCCGAAAAGUGGAAAGGGCAGAUUGAGAAGGAUCUACCUCGUACAUUUCCAGGUCAUCCUGCUCUAGAUGUGGAUGGUAGAAAUGCUUUGAGGCGGUUGCUAACAGCAUAUGCGCGACACAAUCCUUCUGUUGGGUACUGUCAGGCCAUGAAUUUCUUUGCUGGCUUAUUACUACUUCUCAUGCCCGAAGAAAAUGCGUUUUGGGCUUUGAUGGGAAUCCUAGAUGAUUACUUCGAGGGCUAUUACUCUGAGGAAAUGAUAGAAUCUCAGGUGGACCAACUUGUUUUUGAAGAGUUGGUGCAUGAGAGAUUUCCUAAAUUAGUCAAUCAUCUAGAUUACCUGGGAGUGCAAGUGGCAUGGGUGACUGGGCCAUGGUUCCUUUCCAUUUUCAUGAACGUGCUGCCAUGGGAAAGUGUUUUACGAGUUUGGGAUGUGCUUCUUUUUGAGGGGAACCGCGUGAUGCUAUUUAGGACCGCACUUGCUUUGAUGGAGUUAUAUGGCCCUGCGCUGGUUACUACCAAGGAUGCUGGAGAUGCAGUCACUCUGCUGCAAUCACUGACUGGUUCCACGUUUGAUAGCAGUCAACUCGUAUUGACUGCUUGCAUGGGUUACCAAAAUGUAAAUGAAACUAGAUUACAAGAGUUGAGAAAUAAACAUCGGCCAGCUGUAAUUAAUGCUAUUGAGGAAAGAUCAAAGGGACUUCGGGCUUGGAAGGAUUCUCAGGGUCUAGCUUCUAAGCUAUACAAUUUUAAGCAAGACCCUAAAUCAAUGAUAAUAGAUUCAAAGAAAGCAGAAAGAAAUGGUGAUUUAUCACGUUCAGAGUCUGGAUCCACUAAUGCAGAUGAAAUUCUUAUAAGCUUGACUGGGGAUGGGGAGUUGGAUUCUGCUCCAGAUCUUCAAGAGCAGGUUGUGUGGUUGAAGGUUGAAUUAUGCAAGCUGCUGGAGGAUAAAAGAUCUGCUGAACUGAGAGCUGAGGAGCUGGAGACAGCAUUGAUGGAGAUGGUUAAGCAGGAUAAUCGUCGGCAGUUGCAUGCUAGGGUUGAGCAAUUAGAGCAAGAGGUCGCGGAUCUUCGCAGAGCCCUUUCUGAUAAGCAGGAACAAGAGAGUGCCAUGAUCCAGGUGUUGAUGAGAGUGGAGCAAGAGCAGAGAUUAACGGAAGAUGCGCGGAUAUUUUCUGAGCAAGAUGCUGCAGCACAGAGAUAUGCUGCUCAAGUGCUUCAGGAAAAGUAUGAAGAGGCCACUGCUUCCCUUGUGGAAAUGGAGAAGAGAGUUGUUAUGGCAGAAUCAAUGUUAGAGGCUACUUUACAGUACCAAACUGGUCAACAGAAAACACAACCUUCUCCACGACCUAUACCUUCAGAUUCUUCACCCAGAAGCAAUCAAGAACCCACACAAGAGUUCCCUGCAAGAAAGAUUAGUUUGCUAUCUCGACCAUUUGGACUUGGUUGGCGCAAUCGCAGCGAGGGAAAAUCUGCUUCCAGUGAGGGACAGAGUAUUACCACAGAAAGGAAAGAAACAAAUGCAGAAUUUCAAGAAGCAAAUGACAGCAAGCUUAUCAGUGAAGGACAAAGUCCUACCGCAGAAUGCAAAGAGAUGAAUGCAGAAGUUAAAGAGACAAAUGGCAUUGAAGUACAAGAUAAAGAGUAGAGCGGCGCAGGUUAUGUUGAUAUCCCUAUAGAUAUUUGUUGCCCCAAUAUGUGGUAUUAGCUCGGUAGAUAUUACUUUC